AUGGAGCCCAAGUAUGCUGCCCUCCACGCCACCCCCAGCGGACCGGGCGAUGCCCGUCCUACUGCUUUGGAAAUCAUAGAAGAUGAAAAGCUUGUGAGCGGGCUAUCUGGCAAGGUUAUCCUAGUCACCGGCUGCUCUUCAGGGUUAGGUGUUACGACAGCACAAGCCCUCUAUCACACCGGUGCUACACUCUACCUGACGGCCCGUGACGUCGAAAAAAUGAAAGAGACCUUAGGCGACCUUGCUCAUAGCCCUCGGGUCCAUUUUUUGCAUCUUGACCUUAACUCUCUGUCGUCUGUCCGUACAUGUGCCGAAGAUUUCAAGUCAAAGAGUCGGACUCUAAAUCUCCUUAUUGCGAAUGCAGGGGUGAUGGCAUGUCCAGAGGGUCGAACAGCCGAUGGAUUCGAAUCACAGUUUGGGGCCAAUUACCUCGCUCAUUUUCUUCUGUUCUAUCUUCUCAAACCUCUCCUGCUCAACUCUUCCGCCCAUAAUUUCAAUUCUCGUGUUAUCAUGGUCGCUUCCAGUGCUCAUCGCGUCUCAAGUGUCCACCUUGACAACAUUACCCUUACGGGUGAAUAUGAACCCUGGAAAGCGUAUGGUCAAAGCAAAACAGCUCUCGUCUGGGCCGCCAAUGAAAUUGAAAAACGUUAUGGGUCUCAUGGUCUACAUGCAUUUAGUUUGCACCCUGGCGGAAUCCAGACUGAAUUGCUGCGCCAUGUCUCGGAUGAACAGAAAGCUACCUGGGCCAGCGAUGAUGUUUUGUCAAACUAUUGGAAGAGCCCGGAACAAGGAGCAGCCACAACUGUAUGGGCGGCCGUCACGAAAGAUUUAGAGGGACAGGGUGGAAAAUACUUGGACAAUUGCCAGAUUGCCGGCCCGCAUGAUGUCACCAAAGGAAACUUUGUUCCGGGAUAUGCCCCGUGGGCAUAUGACGAGGAUGGUGCGUCGAAGCUUUGGAUGAAGACAUUGCAGAUGCUGCAGCUGGAGGACGAAUGA